GGCCAUUGAUAAUUUGAUUAAAUCGAUGAUGAUUGUUGUUGAAAGAAUUUUUGCGCAAAAAAAAAAAUUCGAAUUUUUUUUCAUUACGUACAUUCUGAACGAGUUACCUUUCAGCUGGAAUUCUUUAAAAAUUCGAUUAAAACAAAUUCAACAUGACGAUUAUGUUACAGAUAAAUGGCCUGAAAUCACGAAUAUCGUUGAUUACAAAACGUUUUAAAUUACCUGAACGUUUAAAAGGUGGAAUGAUUGAAAAUUCAAUAAAUUAUUUACGUAAUGUUGGUAAUGAUUAUAAACAUGUUUAUCUUGAAACAUUACAAGAUAUUCGAAAACGACCAUUAAAAGCAUCAAUUAUCGGUACUAUAUUAAUAUCCGGUGGUUAUUGUAUACAACAUAAUCCAUCAUUUGAUGAUUUUCAAAUGGAAUUAAUUGAUUCGAAUAAUCGUCUUUCACGUGUACCAUCAACUAUACGAAAUGAAAAAUCUUGUCAAUAUGUUCAUCGUUUAUUUCGUAUGAAUGAUAAACAAAUAUUACGUUAUCAAUCAUUUGGUCUAUUUUCAAUCAUCUAUAUUUCUGAUCAAUCAAUCGAUAAUUGUUUAUUUAAAUAUCAAUGUCGAUAUAUAAAACCUGAAUGGCGUACUUUUUUCACUGAACGUUUUGUUGAUAUAGGUUUUGUCGAUAGAUUUCAUUACCUUGAUUAUAAAAUGAAUGAUUAUGAUGUUAAUCAUAAGGAAUUUGAACAAAAAUUAAUUGAAUAAAAUUUUUUAUUUAUUUAAAA